AUUUUUGGUUGUUUUAGAUUAUAACUUUAAAUAAUUUACUCGAUUAAAUAAUCAAUGUAAUCGUAAUUUAUUGUUUAAAAGCGUUUUAAUGUUUUAUUCCCACUACUUUCUAUUGACCUUUAUUAUCAUCCCCCCCAUAUUUUCACCUACGUUUCACCUGUUAGCUCGGUUCACUUAAAUUCUCAGAUUCGCAUUGAAUUAGUUGCGUUUUAUCAACUCUUUACAACAAUAUAAUAACAUAAUAUUUCGUUUUUUUUAGUUUAGUUGAGUGAGUUUGGUUUGGUUUUGAGUGUUGUAUCUACUUUAUUGCUUAAAUUCAUUUAAAACAUUCAAAUGGAUUAAUUCAAAAACUUCGUUUUCCAGAUAAUUUUUGCUAUAUAAAAUAAGGAAAAUGACUAGUUUAAGGUUCCACAAAGCAGCUAAAGAUGGUUAUAUUGAGGUACUAAAAGAAGCAACAAGAAGCGAUUGCAACACAAAAGAUGAACAAGGGAUGACACCAACUUUAUAUGCAGCUUUUUAUGGCCAUUUAGACUCCUUACGGUUAUUAUGUGGGCGAGGUGGAAAUCCAGAUAAAGCCGAUCAUUUCGGAAACACCGCCCUUCAUUUAGCCGCGGCUCAAGGCCACAAAGCCGUUGUGACGUUCCUCGUCAAUUUUGGGGCCAACAUUUAUGCAAUGGACAUCGAUGAAAGAACUGCGAAAGAAUUAGCAGGAAUUAGCAACCGAGAAGAUAUAAUGAUCUUCUUAGAUCAAGCAACAGCUAAAUUGGAGUCGAUUGAUAAGAAGAAAUCAAAAGAAAUGAAAGAAAAAGCGAAAAAAGAGACUGAAAAACGAAUUAAGAAAUUCAACAAACGUCAAGCUAAACUUUACGAAUCCGUGGAACCAAAAAUCGGGAAAAAAUCAAACGGGAGAUUAUUUAACACCCUAAAAAAUCGAAUUAAAAGUCGCCAAUACGCCUCAAACCCCAAUUUACAAAACGCCGGUUUAGAACAAAUCAGCACAAAUCCAAGUCAAAUUAGCUCAACACCAAGAUUUAGCACGAUCGUAAGCGGAAAUGGAACAACGAGAGGUGUUUUUAGCGCCGUCGAGAGAAAGGCGCGAUCCAAACAACGAAAUAACGACGCUGCAAAUGACGAUUUUAAAAUAAGUGAAAUUGAAGAUGGAAAACGCUCAAUUCGCUCAAUAAGGGGGUUAAAAGGACGGGGAUCCGAAGUUCUUUACACCGGUCAAGUCGAUAGUAAACGGGGUAAAUUAAACGAUGUUUUUAAUGGUAAUAAUGAUGAUCUUAACCAUGAGGAAAACGACACCUUUAUUGGACAACAAAUUGGAACUUUAACUCGGUCAAUAUCUCAACCAAACAUUUUAAACGACAUCAAAAACGCGUCAGAAACCCCGCAAGAAUCCGCCCCAAAUGUUGAAGCUCCUAGUAUAUUUAUUCGUCCAGGGAUUGGGUCUUUAGCGUUUCGAAAAAGCAUUACAAAUACUUUACAAGCUAUGUCGAUGGCGGAACAAGCACGAUUAGAUGUAAAUUCGAUUGGUUCGGCGGGAAGUUUAGCUUCGCGACCGAAAAAUUUCGGUUUUUCUGAAGAUAAUAUAAGCGAUAUGGAUUCUUCGUCUGACGAAGAAACCGACGAAAAAAGUCCGUUGGAGCGAUUUUUAACCGCGUGGGGGUUGAAAGAGUAUUUGGAUAAAUUCGAGGAGCAAAAAAUUGAUUUGGAUACGCUACUUUUGUUGACGGAGGGUGAUUUGAAAAGUUUAAAUUUGCCUUUGGGGCCGCAUAGAAAAUUAAUCACCGCGAUUAAUGAACGAAAAUUGGCUUUGGAGAGUCCUGGUGAAAUAAUCGAUGGAAAAUUAUAAUUUAAGAUUAUAUUAUUAUAUUUUUUGAAUAUCUAAAUAAAAAUUUAUUAAUGCAA